AUGUCUCUAAUUGGACAAAUCGUCACUUCAGCACUCAGUCUGGUAGGGGCCUUGACGCAAGGUCAAACCAACGGGUAAGUCAUUUAUUUUUUGUCAUCUCACAAGCUCAUUUUGACACCACAGUAGGGCAUCAAAAUGGGGGACAAUCAACCCGCAACCGACUUUCCCAAACUUUCUUACCAAUAAUCCACUGGGCGCCGGCGGUUUCCCGUGGGGAUCACUUACAGCUGGGGGAAACAAUCCCUACAAGAGUGCACCGUUCACUGGUGUGACUCGAAGAUAUGAUUUCACCAUUGCGCGUGGCCAAAUCGCACCAGAUGGUUACCAAAAGGACGUCAUUCUCAUCAACGGUCAGUUCCCUGGACCACCAAUUGAGGCCAAUUGGGGAGAUACUAUUUCCGUGACUGUUCGUAAUCAGAUUUCUGGUCCGGAGGAGGGUACCGCUAUGCACUGGCACGGAUUUCUUCAAACGGAUACUCCAUACUAUGACGGCACACCAGGUGUUCAACAAUGCCCAAUUGCUCCUGGAUCAACCUUCACAUACACCUUCAAAGCCGAACUUUAUGGAUCAACCUGGUAUCAUUCCCACUACUCUUCCCAAGUUGCAGGUAUGUUGUUCGGCUGAAAAUCCUCAUGUAUUCCGCUAAUAAUUUCAGGUGGUCUCUUCGGUCCCUUGAUUGUUCAUGGACCCAAAAACUCUGCUUGGGACGUUGACCUUGGUCCUGUCAUGCUUGCCGAUUGGUUUCACACUGAGUACUUCAAGAUCGUUCAAAGUGUUAUGGGCCCUGGUGGAAAUCCUCGACCAGCUUCUGACAACAAUCUCAUCAACGGAAAGAACAACUUCGAUUGCUCCACCAAGGCCCCCGGCGACAAUGCUCCAUGCACCAGCAAUGCGGGUCUUGCAAAGUUCAAGUUCACUCAGGGCAAGACUCAUCUUUUGAGACUUAUCAAUACUGGUGCAGAUGCUCUUCAGCGAUUCAGCAUCGAUGGUCAUAACAUGACUGUUGUUUCCAAUGACUUUGUUCCAAUUGUAAGAUUUCUGUUGAUCAGCUAAUGAUUCAUAUCGGCUAACGAGAUCCAGACACCCUACACCACAAAUGUUGUCACUCUUGGUGUUGGUCAACGAGCAGAUGUUCUCGUCAAGGCAUCUUACAAAUCUGGUUCAGCGUUUUGGAUGCGAGCCAACAUUUCCACUCCUUGCAGCGCAACCAAGAACCCAAACGCUCUCGCAGCAAUAUACUACGAUGGUGCCGACACCUCCAAAGCACCAAAGAGCACCGCAUGGAACGUUCCCGACCCAGCAACUUGCGCCAAUGAUGAUCUUUCCAAGACUGUGCCCACAUACAAGAUCCCAGCGAAAACUCCAACCACCACUGUCAACUUGGACAUCGGAUUUUUCGUCAACGAGACCAAGAGCUUCCUCUGGACGUUGGGCGGUACCUCCAUGCGAGCCAAUCUCAACCAGCCUAUUCUUCCUCUCGCCCAAGCUGGGAACUUCAGCUACCCCAAGGAAUGGAACGUCAUUAACUUCAAGGACAACGAUGUCAUCCGAGUCGUCGUCAACAACCCAACUCCUGCCUCCCACCCAAUGCAUUUGCACGGUCACAACAUGCAAAUCCUCUCCGAGGGACCCGGCAACUGGGACGGAUCAACCAUUAUCAACCCUUCCAACCCUCAACGACGAGAUGUCCAGAUGGUUCGCGCAAACGGCCAUUAUGUCUUCCAAUACGAGUCCGACAACCCCGGUGUCUGGCCCUUCCACUGCCACAUCGCCUGGCACAUCUCGGGCGGCUUGUACGCCAGUCUCUUGGAGAAGCCAAGCAAGAUCUCCGAGAAGCAGAUUCCCAUGGUCAUCAAGCAGACUUGCGAUGAUUGGAAUGCGUACACCAAGAAGACUGCUCCUCUGGUCAUUGAUUCUGGUGUCUAA